AUUCGGUCAAGUUGCAUGCGAGGAUGGCUCGUCGCUCAAGCCUCCAUCGUUCCUUUGCCAACAUCUCCAUUCUUGACACUUCACUCUCGCCGUUGGCUCCUUUGGUUGAUGCUCUUCUGGAAGGCGAUGGCACAGUUGGCACCAGAUGCAAACGGGUACCACCCCAGCAAGAGUGCACGCGGCCACGAGAGAAUUAACCGGAGUGACAUCGAUGCGCGAUUCGUAUUGGAAGAGGAGCAUUCGCCUUUUCCAUACUCUACAUCGCAUUCAAGUUCGCAGAGCCUCAAAGAAGUCAUUGCUUUCGCUCCCGGUGACCAAGACAAUCCCCACAACUGGUCUAAUCGAAAAAAAUCCUUCGUCGUGUUCAAUGGAGUAGCUCUAGUCAUGUCUUCGACGAUAGGGUCGUCGAUAGCAGCAGGAGCGUCGCACCAAUUUGCUACCUUCUUCAACAUCACGAGCCAAGCGCAGCUGGUCUUGCCGACAUCCUCGUACCUGGUCGGAUACGUUGUUGGCCCGCUACUGUUCGGUCCGCUAAGUGAAUACCAUGGGCGGAAAAAGAUCAUGAUACUCACUUUCGCGCUAUUUUCUGCUUUCACGUUGGGCUGUGCAUUAGCACCCAACUUUGUUGCUCUUUGUGUGUUUCGACUUUUAGUGGGUAUAGGUGCUUCCUCGCCAAUAUCGGUGGUGGGUGGCAUCUACGCAGACAUCUACCCAGACCCUGUGACUCGAGGUCGAGCCCUGACAAUCUUCAUGACCGCAACGACGUUUGGCCCAAUUCUAGGACCUAUCAUGUCAGGCUUCAUCGCUGUCGUCUCCUGGAGAUGGAUCUUCUGGCUUUCGUUGAUUAUAGCAGGAGUGACGUGGCCGAUCCUCUUGCUCAGCUCAGAAACUUACGCACCCGUCAUCCUUGUGACACGAGCACAGCGUCUUCGCAAAGAAAACAACAACCCCAACAUCUUUGCACCGCUUGAACUAGAGCAUCGUGACAUGAGGCAACUGAUCACCGUCGUACUUACGAGACCGGUCCGGAUGUUUCUUUCCGAGGCUCUUGUGCUGUGCAGUUGCCUAUACCUAUCUUUUGUUUACGCGAUCUUCUACAUGUAUUUCCAGGCCUACCCGACCACAUUUGAGGGAAUCUACCAUUUCAACUCUGGUGAGGUUGGAUUGACGUUCUUGCCAAUCGGAGUCGGAGCCCUACUCGCGUGCGGUCUCUAUCUAUAUUGGGAUCGUGUUCUGGAAAGAGCAAAGGCGCGGGAUCCGCCCGCUGCAUGGUCGCAGAGUGAAGAGUAUCGACGGCUCCCUCUGGCGUGCAUUGGAGGCCCGCUGCUCAUGCUCAGCUGCUUUUGGCUUGGAUGGACAGCUCGAGAGAGCAUUCAUUGGGCCGUGCCUGUCUUGUCCGCCUUGCCUUUUGGCAUGGGGUUUCUGUUGCUCUUCAUGUCUUUGAUCAACUACCUGGUAGAUGCCUACGAGGUAUUUGCUGCAAGUGCCAUGGCAGCAUCCGCUUGCUCAAGGAGCUUGUUCGGUGCAGUCUUGCCGUUCGCGGCAAGACCGAUGUACCAACGCUUGGGUGUCGCAUGGGCCUGUUCAUUGCUGGGCUUCCUAAGUUUAGCAAUGUGCGCCAUCCCUUUCGUUUUCAUCCGCUACGGAAACACCAUCCGCGAAAAGAGCAGCUUCUGCCAAUAUCUGAAACAGUGUAAGAUGCAAGAGAACGAGCAGCGGCAAGUGCAGGAGCGAAGAAUGCAGCAAGAGGGUUGACGAGGCCAUAGCUGUGGAGAAACUGGUCUAGAGUGAACGGACACGCAUACAGAGAAAAGUUGUGGUUGGUUCAGACAGAAGAAUCACAUUCAACGGGAAGGAACUUUUCUGUGUUUUUGGUUAAACGGUCUAGCAUGGAAAAUGCAUGUGUGUUUUUUGGGCUGGGCAAAGUAAGGUGGAGUUCGGUUCAACCACACCUUGCACGUUGGGUGAGCACUAUGGAUUGCGCAAAAUCGGUUCGCGGCAUGCAGGUACAUAAAAAGCGCGAAAUUUAUUUUUAUGGGAUUGGCAU